CCGUACCCCGUCGGCCGGUAUCGUGUGUGGCGUCCAAUUCUUUCCUGUGCAGUGAACUUCCAACCACUUCCUUGCAUUACACACUACUAUUUCUCCUUCAUUUUUUGUUUUUUUUGUUUGUGGACGGAACAUUGUCAAUAUGAAUCCAGCUCGGUCUAGUGCGCUCCACCAGCGGAAUCGACUCCUAUUGCGGACGGCAGCACAAAGUAGGCGGGCGUUGACCACAUCAAUACCAGUUGCCUCACCUUCCAGCUCUUCGCCGUCUUCCGGUCAUGGACAUGGACACGGGAAAGCAUUCAAUUCCUCGCUUGCCGUAGAAAGCAUUGCACGCAGCGAUCCUGCCGAAUUCGCUACAAUCAACCAGUUCGAGACUUCACAAAUGUUCCCGGAACCGAUCUCCCCGAUAAAGCAACAUGAAAAACUCGUGCAGUCUGGGGUACUUCGAAGUGACGAUCAUCAGAUUCGUAUCGUCGGCAAACUUCAGCGUUUCUGGGAGCAGGUACUCAAGUACAACCCCCCACCUAUACCCGAAGCGAGGACAAGUGAUUCAUUGAUAUCUCGUUUGUUUUCUCGCGCACCUCCAGUACCAGGAACGGUGCCUGCAUCGGCACCAAAAGGUCUUUACCUUUAUGGCGACGUUGGCACAGGAAAGACAAUGCUUAUGGACCUCUUUUACCAAACACUGCCCCCUUCUAUCACACGCAAGCGUCGUGUGCACUUCCACGCCUUCAUGAUCGAUGCACAUAAACGCAUACACGCUGCUAAAUUGCUCAUGGGACACUCUGGUGGCGAUCCCAUCGGUCCUGUUGCGCGGGACCUAGCAAAAGAGGCGUAUGUGCUAUGCUUUGAUGAGUUUCAGGUUACGGAUAUCGCGGACGCCAUGAUUCUGAGGCGUUUAUUGGAGGGCUUGAUGGAUCAUGGUGUAGUUUGUGUAAUCACAUCUAAUCGACACCCAGACGAUCUUUACAAGAAUGGAAUUCAACGCUCAAGCUUUAUACCCGCCAUAGAGCUUCUCAAAUCGCGCUUUGAAGUGACGGACUUAGACUCAGGAACUGACUACAGACGGAUACCACGCGCCCUCUCCCACGUAUACUAUCAUCCACUAACACCAGAGAAUAAAGCCGAGAUAGACAAAAUCUUUAAUUCACUGACAUGUCCAACUCCUACCGCUGCGCUUCAAGACCCUGUUAUUGAGAAUCGCCCAAUAACGACGUGGGGCCGCACGCUUCGCGUUCCGCUUUCGACGUCAAAGGUUGCGCGAUUCUCAUUCGAGGAAAUUUGUGGCCGUCCAUUGAGUGCUGCCGAUUACUUGGAAGUGACGAAGCAGUUUGGUACUCUGUUUAUUACAGACGUGCCGAAAAUGGGGAUGGACAGGAAGGAUAUGGCAAGGCGAUUUAUCACAUUCAUAGACGCAUGCUACGAAUCCAAGGCAAGCUCACGUACAAGGAUUUUUGUAUCGUCAGAAGUACCCAUAUACCAGAUCUUUUCGGAUGAUUCGGCGGGCUCAGGGAACGGCAUCUCAGAUCACAUGCGGAGUGUGAUGGAUGAUCUAGGUACGUUUCCUUUCCUCAAUUCUUCUUACGACAUCUCAAUUUCUGUAAAGGGCCUAUCUCCGGAAGUUGUGGGCUCAAGCUCGAUGUUCUCAGGCGAUGAGGAAAUAUUCGCGUUUGCGCGGGCUUGCUCGCGGCUGGUGCAGAUGGGGAGCAGAGAAUGGGCAGAGACAGCUUCUCAAUAA